AUGGAUCAAGUCCAAGAGAAGGUAGAGGAAGAUAAAGCUAAAGCUGCUGCCAAAGUUGUCGACGUCAACAAGGAUCGGGAUGCAAAGAAGUCACUGACCAAAGCUAGUACUUCGGGCACAAAACCUGAGGAGUAUGCGCAACGCAGCGGACCACUGGAUCAAACUCAGCGGGCCGCUGCGAUUGAGCCAGCGUCUGAUCAGCUUGAAAUACCUAGGUACGCCAAGCUCCUGAGAGAGGCGGUUCUGAAGAAGCAAAGUCCCCAGAAAUCUGAUCUAAAGCUUCCUCUUCACUGUAGUGAGAUCAUCCAAAAGCAAAGGUCUGUCAAGCAGAGAGAUCCAGACCAAUUCAUCGUUCGAUGUUCGAUUGGGAAUGGUAAAGUAGACAAGGUUCUUUGUGAUCUUGGAGCUAGCAUCAACAUAAUGCCAUUGGAAUACUACGAGAAGCUCAACAUUGGGCCACUCAAAUCCACAGAUGUUUGCUUAAGAAAUGGCUAA